GUCUUUGGCGAGAUACCUGGUGGCUGUGGUGUGUUUUUCUGGUCGCCAUUCUGGGCGUUGCGUACGUGGUGACUCCCUUCUUUGUCAUCCUGAUUCCUAUCUUCCUCGUCGUCUUUGUCUACUUCAGCUUCGUUCGCUACGACGAUCAAGGACGCAACAAAGGGGACCUCGUUUGA